AUGCUGGGAUCGGGUUGCCAGAAGCGGCCGCGACACGGUGGGUUACGGCUACGACCCGCACGGCGGGUCGCGAGCGGUCGAGCUCGACAUCCCCGUGGACUUCGAGAACCGCGGCGCGGAGGCGGGCGCGCGGUUAGGGCGAGGAACCCUGUCCGGCGUCGUGGCGAACAUCAUGAACACCCCCAAGGUCGCGGAGCUCGACGACAAGCAGUGGCGCGCGCGGCAGCAAGCGCUGCGGGAGACCGAGCUCGCGCUCGCGGACGCGCGCGAGGACGACCGAGCGGGAAUCGCGGAGGCGUACGCGGGGACCCGCGAUUGGACCGCGGUGGACGACGACUCGGACGACGACGACGACGACGACGCGCGAUGGCGAGAGGGCGGGCGGUGGCGCGAGCGACGGAGGCCGGACGAGGAGACCGCGACGUACGCCGCGAUUCGCGCGCCGACGCACUCGCCGGACGGACUCGGACUCGGACUCGGAAGACGCGAGAGGGACGCGUACGAGCGCGAACGCGCGUCGAGCCGCGAGCGCGUCUCGGCGGCGCGAGACCGAGAGCGAGACCGAGACCGAGACCGAGACCGAGACCGAGACCGAGACCGAGAGCGCGCGGCGUGGCAGCCGCCGCCGGCGCGCGCGAGCUCGAGACGCGGCGGGUACGACUACCACGACGGCUCGUUCCCGGCUUCGAAUCAUCCCGGGCGGCAGGUCAUCAUCUGGGGCUACCCCGACGACGUUCGCGCGCGCGACGUCGAGCAUCUCUUCACGCGCAUGCGAGAGAAGAACAUCCCGAUUCGUCUGCGGCGGCUGCAGGUGCUUCACCACGCGCCGGACGCCCACGGACGCGUCGCGGCGUUCGUCGAAGUCACGGACGAGGCGUCCGCGCGGGAUAUCAUAAGCGAAGUUCGCACGAGCGGGCCCGAUCGCGGGCCUCUCAGUUUUAUGGGGUACGAGCUCUGGGCGGCGCCGUGGAUGGACGAGCGACCGUCGUACAUGACGCCGGUGCCGUUUACGAUUCCGAGUCUGCGGUUUGA